UUGAUUCGUUUUCCCUCUCAACAAAUCCUAUCGGAGAGUUAAUUACACCUUCACCUGCAAUUGAGUAAUUAACUCUCCUAUUAAAAAAAUAUACUAUACCCUCUUUUGUUUCUUUUUUCAAAGAAAAAUGGAGCUUCGUAAACGAGAACUACGAGCUCCGUUUCACAUAUUCAUCACCAUUACGUUGUUCCUCCUUCAACUAUGUGCAGCGACGUCCCAAAUCAAUCACAGCGAGUCGUCUACACAAACCUCCGUUAACUCUCCGUCAGCACCAAAUUCACGAUUUCUCUCUUCAUCAGCACUGUCGUUAACCGGAAAACAUUCCUCCUUCAGGUGGGGGAGAAGACGACAUCGUAACAAAGUAAACAGAGCGAGCAUUGAGUUUCUAUACGCACAUAACCUCGUACGAGCGCGCGUGGGAGAACCGCCGUUAGAAUGGGAUGGAAGAUUAGCGGCGUAUGCACGUGCGUGGGCGAGACAGCGCGUCGGGGACUGCAGGCUAGUUCACUCCAAUGGUCCGUUCGGAGAAAACAUAUUUUGGGCCGGACAGAAUAACUGGAGGCCCAUUGAUGUCGUCAAAGUGUGGGCCGACGAGAAUAAGUUCUAUGACGUUAGGGGUAACACGUGUGAGCCAGGGCAAAUGUGUGGACAUUACACGCAGAUCGUGUGGAGAGAUAGCACCAAGGUUGGGUGCGCACGUGUGGAUUGUUCAAACGGUGGCCUUUAUGCUAUUUGUGUUUAUAACCCACCGGGAAAUUUUGAAGGUGAAAACCCGUUUGUAAGUUAUCACGGCCAGAUUGGUCUUCUCCGGGAAGAACCACCGGCGGUUGUCGUUAAUCCAUUUUAACUUGAAAAUGGCGCGAAAGCUGAGGACACCAUGCUUCUGCAUUUUUUAGUUGUUAAUAUUUCUUUUUAUUCGAAGUAUUAUUAUUAUUUUUGGAAAAAACUUAUCUCGUGUUUAUUCAGAGGUAUUAUCAUCUAAUAACUGAUUCAAUAAACAAGUUUAUAAAUUAUAAUUACGAUAUUUCGUAGCAGGCCAUUAGAUAAGAUGUAAUUGAUGACAAAUACGCAAAAGUGAACAAGAGAUAACAAAAGUUUUUUUAACAUGGGCGGCCACAAGGGAUAUGAAAAAAGAUUAUGUCCAAAAUUUCCUAAUCUUUUAUUGGCUGAAUUAAAAAUUAAAACCCAGAAAACAAUACUUCAGCACCUCACAUGGUAUA